CUUCCAAAGCCUCCUCACCACCCUGUGACCUCUUGACCUUUUAUAGGGCGUACUCUGACCCCAUGAGUGAGGCUCCCUAGUCUCUCCUAGGCUCCCUUCUGCAUCAUGUACAAGAGGGCAGGGGAGUAGGGCUUUAUCUGAUGAGCUCAUCUGCUCGCUCUCCGGGCGUGGUACCACAGUCACAAACUGGGAUCGCGGUCUCUGGGAGUAACAAGUACGUGUCUUUGUACGUUCUUCUCUCAGGAAUAAUUGGCGGCGUGCUGCUCAUCCUUUCACUCGUCCUUUUCUGCAAAUAUUGUCGCGGAAAAUUUCAAGGGGCAGAAGGCGUGGGGGUGAGCACAGGAGGUAACUGGGUUUUGAGGGAAGCUUCCUUCAGUCUAGAGCGACCUGAUCAUGAGGAGGGCAGUAUCAGUGCAGGUGACAGGGACAGAGAGGAGGUACAGGACAGGCGGGGGUCCUGGUCGAGCACUCACAGUAGAUACGACCCCAGUGAGGAGAGCAUUCCAGGUGCAGAAGGUGUUCAUACCGAAAUGGAAGACUCACCUAGAAUUUGCAAGGUUUCCAAUUCUUCCAGAUUGGUGGAUGACCAUGUAAAGACAAAUAUUUUUCUUCAUCGACAAAAGUCUUCUACACACCACUCGCCACCUGUCACUUGCUUUUCCAAACCGAAUCCAGAGGCAGUGGAAUGUGAGGUGGCGGUAGAGAUUCAUCCUGGGCCCAACGUCAAUAGUUCUUCCUCUCUGAAGGGCGGACAGCCUCCUCUGAUACGGCACGCUAGCGUCUCAAGUCUCGACCCUUGCCACGCUGUCUCCAAGGGGAACUGGGAACGAUCAGAAGAAGUAGACGGUGAAGGCGAGCAACGUGUCCCGUGGCGAGCUUCCAGCACUGACUGGACCAAGCUGGAGACCAGCCUGGAUUUCUGGAGACAAGAGCACUCCAGAGCCCAACAAGAGGACUCUAGCCGGCUAAGCAAAGUGCGCUACAAUGAUACUGGCAGUCUCGAGGAGGUCAGUGUAGAUAACUGUGUGGACUACUUUGUGGAGGAUGAAAUAAUGGUGCAUUUGGAGGCUGACAGGGAAAAUAUGAGACAACAAUACCGGAGAUUGUGGCAGUUGAGGGCGACCCUAGAGGAAGACGAGGACAGCAAGAAGCCGAGUGUGAAGCACCAGUCCGUACCCACUCAACCCGCUCCCCCAUCCCCUGACCAAUCACCUGAUCCAGAGGCACCCGGCAGUCACACGACGUCGUUCGAGUCGAAUACAGAGCCUCUUCUCGAGGAGACCAGGUUCCCACCUCAUUUACUGCAGUUGCCGUCUUACGAAACGCGACGGCAGAACUACCGCAACAUUCUCAACUGGCGACUGCGCAAGAUGGAAGCGAGAAACGCGCGGAGGCACGGGACAGUCGGCCGACAAACCUCCUUGGAGGAUACGAGCUUCGAUUCCAUGGACACGGUAGACACCGAAGAGUCCUCGACGGACGCAAGUCGUCUAGACCAGGCAACAACGAGUUUCGAGAGCACAACGGACAAUACGGACAGUCCAGGCGAGCAGCAGGUACACAGGCUGCAGCAGCUGCGCGCUGACAGUGGGUAUCGUAGCCUCGAGAACCCAGUACCCAAUAGUCUCAAACUGCUGUAUCCUCAGCAGCACGUGAUCAGCUCUGACGGUGACCCUCCACACCGCAUCCCAUCCCUCGGGGAAAGUUUCGAGGACGUGUCAGAGGCCGAGGAAGCCAUUCUAGACGAUAUUGACAUCGAAGGGUGCCCGAUUCAGAGGCAUUCUUGUGCGGAGUCGGAGCUAGACGAAGGGGUAGCGGGACUGAGGUCACCACCGUACUCUCUGUACGAGAGCACCUCGUGGGACGGGCGGAGGAAACCUGGAGGCCAACCUACGUCCAAGAAGAGAAGAGACUUAGGUGGAAGUGCGGAAUACACGAGAGACUACUCGGUAGACGAGAAGAGUGACGCGCUCUUCAGAGAGUUCAGCAGAUGUGAGGUAGACAGCAAACGUCACCACAGGCUGACGGCGUACCGGAGACUGCGAGGACCCUACCCUUACCCCAAACUGAACGAGCCUCAGGCAGACUGCGUCCUCGGAUUCAGUCUCAUAGACGACGAGGUCACAUUGGCCUCGGUUCCUAUCAUCAGGGUAGCUCCUGACGAAGACUCCUCCGACCACGUCUAAAUAUGAGCCGUCAACGCCAAGUACUUCGUUUACCAAACGUGAUUUGAAAUCAAUGGUCCAUUUUAAUCAUAUGUGAUGUAUUUUUCUGAUAAUGUUUAUAAGCGAAGACGAUGUUGUGUAUAUUCUGUUUUGUAUAGUUUAAUAAACUAGUUUGCAGUAGUUACGGACUUGUUACCUGACUCUCGGUUCAUUGUAAUGUCACGUUCAAUGUUUUCUCCUUGAUUUAGAUGUUUACGUUAUCUUUUCAUUUGCUAUAGCAUGUUGUAAAUACGUUCAUCAUACUUUCACUAUGUGUAAAUAGCAAAACAGCAGGUAAAUUAAAAUUCUAUAAUUCGAUUAUUUUUAUUUGAUCUCGACAUCUUAGAUAAAUUGUGAAGUAAAGCGUUCAAAGGAAGCUUCAGAUGCCUCAAACAAGAUAUUAGAUCAUACAAGAAAGAAACUUCUAUAAAUAGUGUCUUGACAUACAACUACACUGUAUAUCCAGGCACAAAAGGUUUAAAGAUCUGUAUUGACUACCUACCAAUCUAAUAGCCCACUAUUUCACUAAACCAAUGACAUUUACGUCAUUUAAGUUUGAUUCAGUUUCAUAGUUUUCAAGAGUUGAACAGACUAAUUUGUUUUAAAUUUUAAAUUUAUGUUAUCCCUUUCCAAAAAUACAGUAUAGGAAUCAUUUUCAACUUUUAAAUAGUAACAUAAAUCUUUUGUAUUUCUAUAAAAAGACCAAAAUAAUUUAAUUGCAAUGUUAUAGUGUAUAUACAAGAUUUCGAUUCGGGUAUGUAUUCUUGAAGCCAAACCUGAAGUUUUACUGUGUUCAGAUCCAUCGUCUAAAACAGUUUCUGUACUCAAAUAUGCACGGAAAAAGGUUAUAAGUCAACAUUGCUUUAAUGUUUACACUUAAUUUUGUUGCUUCUUUGAUGAACUGUAGAGAACUACUAUAAAAUGAAAAUAAAAUAUUUUGAGGCAUCAGAGCAGUAAUGGAAUGGCUAGGAAGAAAUAAUUUUGCUCAAUACAUGUUGUUUUGUAAUAACUCACCAUGCUUACUAGUGAUAGAUCCAGGUAAUAGGGAUUGGCCGAUCGGGGGUUAAUAUAGACAAUAACAGUUUGAUUGAACUAUCGAAAUUGUUAUAAAUCACGUGUAUCAGACGGACUGUCAUCAACACCAUACGUUUUCAUUAUUUAGCUCUUAAUGAGCUGCUUAAUUUUUUUUAUUAAACUAUUAAUAAUAAGCACAUUUUCAUAUUUUCUUUGUGUAUUUAAAUGUGUUACUAGUUUCAUAACAAUUUGCACAACCUACUUGAAUAAGCUGAUAUUUUUUUAAACCUGACUGAUUUAAUAAGGUGCAAGCAAAGUGCUUAAGGUGCAUUCUUGUAACUGAUUAUACUCGUAUACAAGCUUUACAGUCAUGAAGGAUUUUUCUAAUACAAUAAAAGGUCCAUCUAUAAGUUAGUUUUCAAUUUAAGUUAUCGUUGGAGGGAAGUAUAAAUUUAAUGUAAGUGGUUACACUUUGUGAAAACACUAACUUAAGUUAUUGCAGUACUUAUGUAAGUGAUCUAUCUACCUUGAAACCUAAUUUAGGAGUGAAAUUAUCUUAGAUGUUCAUUUUUUACCUCCAUUUAUGGCCUAAUUCACAUGGUACGAUCAUUAUUUUGAAAGGUUUUAAUGUUAAUAUUGGUUUUUACUAUAUAUUUACGAAUUAUUUAUUUCUGAUAUCUGAACUGUAUUGCAAUGAAAAUUGCAGGUCACAGAACACAAAUAUCAUGAAUGUAACUUAUGAAUAACAAUUACAUAUCAUAAAUGUGUUUGCAUAAGUUCAUGUGUAGUUGAGUUUUCGAGCACGUUUUUAAACUAAAGAAUAGAAUGUUUUAUAAAGAUGUUAUAAGGAAUUUUUAUUUCACCACACUCACUGUUAUCUGUGAGUGUAGGCUACUUGUCUCUUAUAUAAAUCAGGAUAGUUCAUAGAAUUAAAUAACCGUCACAUUAAGAAAAUUGUUUCGUACAAAUAUACGUUACGUUUAUAUCUUAGGUAUAUCUUGCUUUCACUAUUUUGCACACUAACUGAACAUAUAGUGAACAGUAUUUUUAAACCACAAUACUUUUUAGUGUAUGUUUUUAGAAAAAUCAACGGACAUUAGCUAGUAAAUUACAAAUCUUUAUUUAUAGUAUAAUAUUAUCAGUUAUUGGUGCACAAAAGUUUCAACGCCAGCGUUAUUUACGUUUUAAUAUUAAAUAUAUGUGGAUUAUUCUAGAUUGUUAUUAUAAUUAUUUUGCCAUUUGUUGAAUAACACAAAGAUUUCAAGGUUGUUACUACUGUGAUGGUUUAUUGUAAGAUUUUGUAUUAUAUUCGUUAUUUUCUAUUGGGUAAUGUUCUACACGAAACCACCUGUUUGUAAAAUACAAUACAUGUUUCCAACAAUGACACAAUAUUUUUAUCACUAAAUAUUUAAUAGUUUAUAUUACUUAUACAACUGAUUACAAUAUUUAGUGAAGGAAUGGUAGAUCUGCACCUUACAUACUAGAGUACCCUAGAAUAUCAAGUUUUAAAUAAUUGAUUUAAAACAGAGAUUUAAACCAACAGACGUGUUGUCUCAUAAAAUGUACUACUCUUAAAUAAAUUUCAUAGCGUUCAACGAUGUUUAUAGAGACAAUUUACACUGUUCGAUUAAGUAAUACUAUUGUUUGCAAUAAUUUACUAAAACACAACACUCAAGUAUCCCGACUUUAAGUCUAAAAAGCAAUGUUUUAGGGAAUUUUAUUUAGCGCUCGUCCAUCCUACUUCUUUUAUUUAGUAUUAAAACAAUAUACUACAUAAUAAUUGUUUGUUGCCUAUGAAUGGAAUGUGUUACAAUAACAAUACUAAUUUGUAUAUGUUGUUCGCAUUUAUAUAAUUAUUUUAUAUACUUUACUAAGUUUGGUAAAAUGUGGCCAAGCACUUUUACUGGGAGUAAGUUAAGAAACAAAUCUUUAUGUAUCGUGCUUUAUUGAUUUCUUCUUAUAGUAUAAAAUGAAUAUCUUUCAAAACCCACGGAGCCAUUGAUUACAGGUUGGCUAUAGAUUACGAUAUUAAAUAGUAAUUACCGUACUCGCAAAGCCAUAACAAAAAGAAUGAAAAUCUGAAAGAUAAGAUCGAUCUGAUGUGACAUGUAAGCUGAAUUUUAGCCAAUAAGAGCAAUCUUAAACCUCAAACCCGUUUACACCCAUAUUUGUAUCCAUGAAGAAUUAUGAAAGCUGUGUCUUUUUAUAAUUAUCUACGCAUCUGAAUACGUUUAGUUUUUCAAUAAUGUUAUUAAUUAUUGGGGGGGGGGAAUUCUCUAACUUAUUACUUAUUUGUGUAUAUAUUCAAAAAUACACGCUUUACAAGUCAGAUGCUCAAGCAUUUGAAUGCAUAUUAAUCAUAUAUUUGAAAUGAAACUCCUCUCUUUAUUCUACGGUCGGUCACAAAUAAAUGCCUAAAUGCGUUUGAAGACUAACACAUAUAUUAUAGGGUAAACUUCAAGGUCGUUGUCCUACAGCCGAUUCUUUACGUCACUUAAUGGCUUACACUUCACAGUUAAUGUCUCAGCUUAGUUAUUGUUCAUAAACAUAAUAAUUUGACAAAUCCUUAUGUUUUGAACGUAAUGACAACAUUUAACUAGCCUUAGGCUUAAGAAAUCUAAAUGUUCUUUUAUAUAAAGUGAAACAAUUUUCAUGCAUUCACAGUGUGCACAAAACAGUUGUAUCUGCAUCUGUCAAAUUUUGGUAUAAGCCAUAUAUUUUCGGGUCAAGUUUGUGAAUGUAAAUUCUUAAGUGUCUUGGAUAUAUAAUCUUUUUUCUCUGGGACACAUUUGGACUCUAGUGGAUCUUCUACUGUACAAAUCUCCAGGUAAAAUUUGAUAACUUUUUAUCGAUUUUGUUAUAUAAAAAUGAAACUAUGCCUAUCUACAUAGAAUCUAAAAACUACUUUCUACGCCAUCAUGAUUGACCCUACACCCGUGAGAAGUCCCUCAAAAUUUGAACUGAAACUUAAUAAGUGAAUAAUUUCAAAAUCUUUUGAUAAAAAUAAAGCAAUAACUCCAAAUAACGUGUAAUUAAAAUGUAGAAAAGAGCAUCUUUCGUUUACAGUCAAGUAAUAGAAUCAGUUUAUAACCGUUUUACGAUUAAACUGACAAAUUCUCACCAAAGAUAUGUCGAUAAGUUAGCCUGGCUUUAAAUACCACAGAUCACUUGUGACUAUUAUGUGAGUAGAAUGGUAUAUGCUUUAAAAUUUUAAAAUUAACAUUUCCUUUUCAAUAUUUUUAGUAUUUCAUGCAUUUCGAUACUGUGAUAUACAAUGAAAAUGAUGCUCUGAUAUUGUUCAUAGAAUAUUUUGGUGUUCAUGGAAUCUUCCAGAAUAACAUUUUGUUUAACUACCAUAGCAAUAGUUUGCAUUAAAGUUUCAAAAUUAUCUUUUUUUUUUACUCUAUGUAUUUAUACUUACGAAACUGUCUGUAAUUUGGUCUUUGACUAUAUUUGCAGCCAAGGUUUCACACAGUACUAGUGUACUACUGGACCUCAAAGAAACGUUAAUUUCUCUACAUUCUUUAAUGGCGAAAAACUUACUUUUCAGCGACUUAUAUUCAUACAAAAUGUUAUAUAAAUGUGAACUUGUUUUAAUCGACCCAAUAACAUUGUAUUAUUCGAGAAACUGUAUCAAGCUAAGUAAGUGAUGUGAUCUUUUAUGAUAAGUUUUUAAUAAUACUUGUAAACUUGUAGCCUUGAACUUGUAAAUUUGAAAUUGCUAUUGUAUAAAUGAUAAUAAAAUGUUUUGUUUUUAAACA